CGUUCCGUAUCGAAAAGCGAACAUUUGCUGUUGUGUCGUGUAUUGUCAAACUGACAGGAAAUGAUUUGUGAAUUUUGUGAUUUGUUGAUUUUUUGAGUGUUUGGUGAAAUGCAAUUGGAAUUGUUGCUCCUCAUAUUUAUAAAUCAUAUCAGCGAUUAAGCAGUGAAUUCACAAAUUUUAGAUAGGACAAAGAUGCAUAAAAUUAAAUCUAUACCAGUUCCCCCCUACGUGCUUGGAUAUUCCUGAUAUGAGCUAGAAAUGUUUACCAGUGCAAGUUGAAAUGGUAAAAGGUAGCCCUAAAAACAACAAAUGGAUGCGAAGAUAUAGAUCAUUCUUCGUCAUCGGCAUUGUAAUUUUAUGCAGUCAAAUAUACCUUGCCAUGAGGUUUUUUGCUUUAAACAAAAAUGUUGAAACCCAGGAAGUCAAAUGGGAGCAGUGGAGUUUUGAAAAUGAUAUUGAACAGGAUAUUGAAUCUAAUUCAGCUGGGAAGAUUAAACCAGAAUCUGUAGAUGAAGAGGAAGCUGUAGUUUCACAAAAAAAUAAAAAAGCUAAAGCUAAUCAAACUUAUUCAUUGCACUAUGAUGAUCUAAACUUUACACCACCUUGCAAGAUCUCCACAAAAGAUGCUGUUUCAGCUAUAAACCGUGCAAAAACUCAGUAUUGUAAACAGCUCAUAUCAAACAUUACAUGUCUUUCUAGCGAGGGUAAAUUAUACCCAAAAGAAUUGAAAGGAACUUGUCCUUCAAAAGGACACAUAACUGGCAAAGAACUAGGUUGCUUUAAAGAUGAAAAGAAUUUCAGAUUGCUUAGUGGAUAUUUUGGUAUUAAUAAAAAGAGCAACUCCCCACAUUAUUGCAUAAAGCUGUGUUUACAAUCAGGUUUUCCUUAUGCAGGAGUAGAGUAUUCAAAUGAGUGUUUUUGUGGUACUGAGAUACCACCUUUGAGCUCAAAAAUCCCAGACUCUUCAUGCAAUUCAAAAUGCCCAGGUGAUCCACAUUCUACAUGUGGUGGAUAUUAUGCAAUAAAUAUAUUCCAAACUGGAAUAAGCAAAUUCGUGGCACAAAUUGCAAAUACAGAAGUUAAUAAUGUAACAGUAAAACCUGUUAAAAUUGUGUUCUUGCUCACAUUGAAUGGUCGAGCAGUGAGGCAAGUGAGGAGAUUGUUGAAGCUUCUAUAUAAUAAGAAUCAUUAUUAUUAUAUUCAUGUAGAUGUGAGACAAGAUUACCUGUACCGCGAACUACUACCAUUGGAAAAAUCCUUGCCAAACGUCCGUCUGACCCGCAAGAGAUUUGCCACUAUCUGGGGUGGAGCCUCCCUUCUAGAAAUGCUGAGAUCAUGCAUGUGGGAGCUGUUGAAUAGAGAAGACUGGAGCUGGGAUUUUGUCCUUAACAUCAGCGAGUCGGACCUUCCCGUGAAGAAAGUGGGCCAACUGACGGAAUUUCUAGCAUUGAAUAGGGACAGGAACUUUGUGAAGUCGCAUGGUCGUGAAGUACAGCGCUUCAUCCAGAAGCAGGGCUUGGACAAGACGUUUGUCGAGUGCGAGACAAGGAUGUGGAGGAUUGGGGAUAGAAUGUUGCCGUUCGGGAUACAGGUCGACGGUGGAAGCGACUGGAUCGCCCUUUCAAGAAAAUUCGUGGAAUACGUCUCGAAUCCAGAACCAGACGAUCUGAUCUCCGGUCUUCUGAAGAUUUUCAAACACACCCUAUUACCCGCCGAGUCUUUCUUCCACACAGCCCUUCGCAAUUCAAUGUUCUGUGACACUUACAUAGACAACAACCUCCAUGUGACCAAUUGGAAACGAAAACUCGGCUGCAAAUGUCAGUACAAACAUGUUGUUGACUGGUGUGGUUGCAGUCCAAACGAUUUUAGGCUCGAGGAUUGGCCACGCAUUCUCAAUACUCUCACUAGACAGCUUUAUUUCGCUAGAAAGUUUGAGCCUAUCAUCAACCAAGCGAUCAUACUGAAGCUGGAGCUAUGGUUGCAUGAUCUAGAAGAACCGUCCAGGGAAGUGAGGAACAUGCAUGGUUACUGGCAGAGUAUCUACCAUAACAACGACCUUGGAGUCGUAGCAGAUGACGGUAUCUUCACUUUGAGCAAUAGCAUCAAACGUCAUGUAGCAAAUUCGUUGCCUAAUGUGAAUUCAAGUUGUGAUUUAGGAUUAAGUAAAUUACUGGAAGUGCACUCAUAUCACUAUAAUGAUAGCUAUAAGUACACUUUGUUCAAAUUUAUGGAUAAGAAAAAGAAUAUCAUAGAAAUAGCUGUUCGGCCGCUGAGUAAGAUCAGUGUUAAUAAAUCGUCGAACUUAGUGGCUCAUAUUGAGUCGUUGACGGUCAGUAGCGAAUAUGAUCAGAAAGAACAGAUAUCGAGGAACUUUUUGAGGUCGUUGUCGCCUUAUUCGGAGCCACUAUUAGUAUAUAAUUUCAAUAUGCAACAUACUACGAAGGGAUACAACAUAACUAGUUUGUGGAUAAGUCCUUCUGGUCAGCUGUAUGAUGCAGUCGAGUUUUUCGUGGACGAAACUACGCAAAUUGGACACGCGAGGCCUGUGUUGAAACAACCGAUUUUGCCAGGAGUAUGGAAAGUGAAGCUGGUCCACAAGAAUAAUCUUUUGGCUACGGUGAGGUUCCCCAUCAUUCCUCUUGAAUACUACCUGGGACUUUCCAUCAAAGAUCAUCAGGCAGAAAUAGUAAAUGGUGGUUCAAAACCCAACAAAGAAAUGAAAGGUUCCUAUCAGAAAGUUAUGCCUACUGAUUCGGAACGCCUCAAUUUAGAACUACAAAGUAACGAAAAUGUUCAAAAACGAGGCGUCGCUUUAGCAAAAUGGGUGGAUAGGUUGUAUCUCGAAUUUUUCCAAACAGAAAAGGCCUGCGCGAGAACAAGAGACUUGACUGAUGCUUGCAGCGCAAAAUUAGAUGUUUGCAUCGGUACGGACUGGAGUUCGUUGUCUCCGGAUCCAAAGAGUAUUUUGGGAGUUUUGAAUCAGUCCACCGGAAGCUUUGAUAUCUGGUAGGUUAGUGAAUAAUUUGAUCGAAAUGACAUUUGACGGGCAUAUUGACAAGACACUGAUCUUCAAGGAGCACUGCAAAGUAUAAAGCUACUAGCUAGAGAGGUUACCUAAAUAGCUAUCUUUAUAUUUCGUUGGCGAUACUGCAACACCACGUAAUCAAGUGGCUCAAAUCGCAUAAGUACGAAGAAAUAAAAAUUGUAAGCAGGCGCUUAUGAGUCCUUGAUAGGCAAAACAACAAUUCAGUCAGCAAAAGACGUAAUGAUAAAACAUAUCUAGUUUGUUCACUCUCCUAAAAAACUGAUUACUACCAACUCACGCAGUUUUAACCACGGUUUGUGAAGUAGCAUUGCAGUAUCACCGACGAUAUGUGUUCGAGACAUGACAUGCAAGUGCCAUAUACGCACGUAGUUUUUAUCAUACCCGUCCCCCGUCAAGGUAAUAAAAAUAAUUCAGGAAGUAUCUUCGCAUCUGCGCGGAAAAAUCUGUAUGUAUUUUUUGCAUAAUAUUUUUCAAAAAUGACCGUUUUGAAGAAUCUGUAUGUUGCCAGUCAAAAAAUUGUUUAAACAUUACUUAAGCAUUCCUUUUUUUUAGCCCCCGACAAAUUUUGUGGGGGUAUUGUUAUUGUUAACCCAUGUCCUUUAAUUCUAAAUCAAGCGCGAGCUCAAUGUAUGUUCUGCGUCAGUGCGCGCUGGAUUAGCAAUUAAUAAAUCAAGGCCUACAAUAACAAUACUCCCUAAUUGCUUUGGGAUUCGAUUAGUGGAUGUUUGAACAGUAUUUAGGAACUUUGGAAACGUUAAAAAUUUCGCCUUUCAUAUUGUUUUCGGACCGAAAAUGAUAUAUCUCGGAAACUACCAAUUAGAGAAAUGUUCAUAAGAACAUUUUUUGUUCCUCAGAAUUCCUCUAAAAAAAUUAAACUUUCCCUGGAGCGGAAAAAAUAAUUUUCAGAAUUUGUUUAAAAAAGGAUGAUGCAAAUUUUAGGACCCGCCUCCAAAAGCUACGUGUAGUGUGUCAUUGUUUAACUCUUCUUGAACCCAACAGAAGUUAUUUAUGGCGCCUAGUUUCAAAUCUUAGUCCAUUCAGAAUUAUACAGUAUUUUAUAAAAAUUAAUUAUAGGAGGAGUCAAAAUAUUGUUUACACACUGUAUACUAUUUUUCACGAGCUAUACUAACGGCCAGGAACAUAAUAAGAAAUGGUUUUAGCGAAGUUCACUCUCCGGUGGAAUACCGACAGGGCCUUGAAAAUAGCCAUUCUCACGCGGUCUAUACAGGGAGAUUCGAUACAAACAUUCUGUAUGAACUGAACAAAUAUUUUGAAAAAAGAACGAAUUAGAAUAUUUUUCCGAGUAUGUGCGGAAAUACUUCCUGGACUAAACCAAAUUAACAGUAUUCAGUAACUAUUUUUUGAUUAUAAUGAAUCUAGUUAGCCCAGAGCAAUGAUGUUUCCAGAAACGUGUUUAUGCCCGACCCAUCGAACACAAGUUUUUCCUACGUCUUUAUAUAUAUAUACGUAUAUAUAUAUAUAUAUAUAUAUAUAUAUAUAUAUAUGUAAAUAAACUCGCAUAAUUCCGGUCACUUUAUCAGAUUCUUUUAUUUGUAUUUGGAAAGUAAACCUGUUAAUGCAAUAUUCUAAAUGAUGAUGGUUAUGAAUAUUUUCAAUUUUCGAAAUUAUUACUUAAGAAUAAAUCUCUGAUCCAUUUAGAAUUACGUCAGAGCUUUAAUAAUCUGAAAACCCAAUUAUUAUACUUUUGUCCACAUGAACUAAAGGAAUUUGGGUCACGUAUGGAUAUUUCAGAAGGUACCUAAAUUGAUAUAUUUAAAAUACGGUUUGUAGAUUGAUAAUUUGGUCCGGAUUAUCGAAACCCGGUUGUCCCUGUUAUUCUGGACAUAUGUUUGACAUUUUCUGAUCCCUCCAAUACUAUUAAACUCAUUCCUCACUUUUGAAAUUAGCUUUUUCAUUAGCUGUAUAGAGCAUGCAACUUUUAGUGCCAUUGCUGCCAUUUAAGAACUAAUAUUACCUUACUUAAAUAUUUUGUAUGUAAAGUUUGUUCAAAAUAUUCAGAUACAUUUCUUGUAGAAAUGAUCUACAAUUGGAUAUUGUCAAUGCAGUUUGUUACGUCAAUUUGAUGGUCAGUUCGUUGUUUUAUCGCAAAACAUUCAGGACAUGCCCGUUUUAACAGUGAGUCUAAAAAUUUUGAACAGGCGCAUUUAUACUACAUGUGAUAAAAAAUGGUGCUCAAUAUUAUGAACAAUUUAUUGUUUAUUGACUGAAUAGACUUUAAAAAAAUCUUGUCCACUGUCCAUUCUCCUAUUUUUGAUACAUUGAAAUGUAUAAAUGUAUAUAAUCUAGAAUAUUGCUUAUUUCUGGUAUUGGUUGAGACUUUUCAAUUUCAUGAGUAUCAAAUUUAUUAUAAUCAGGAUGUGAUAAUUGAAAUCAGUAUUUCCUGGCUUUCUAGCAGAAAUACGUUGGCAGUAAAUUUCAUGACCUUGAGGCUUAUUGCAACAUAAUAAAUUUAGUCAUUUAUUCUGUCAUUUUCUGCUACUGUUGAAACUAGAAACUAUUUAAAUGUAUAUGCUUAUAAAUUAGAAUAGACAGUGGAACAGAGAUAAUUUAAUUUGAGCCAUUAGGUGUAAUAUAGCAAAUAAUUAUUCAUACCUAAGUGUUCUAUUUGACCAAUAAAUUCAUCUAUCACAAAC